CAAGAACAGGUAAAGGCAUGCGGAAGGAUCAACAGGCUUUGACAAGAGCGACCGGGUGGAGGCACGCAGGCUGGGGAGGAAUCCCCAGGACUACACAGCAGACCCCGCAGGCUACCAGAGCGAACCCCAAGAAGCCCACAACACGCAGGGGCAGAAAAAACUCUGCCUACGAAGUUCGUGACGAUGCCGGAGGUCGUCUUUCCAGGAUGCGGAAGAACAUCAGGAAACAGCUUGACGAGUUCCUGUUUCCCUGAUAGUGGGCGGAGUUGUGAAAUGCGCACAGCUGCUUCCCACUUACCCGGAUGAUAUUUAAGCAGCAACCUGGGAGCUGGAUGGCACUUGGUGAUUCCACUCCUUGGCUCUCCACUCUUGAUGACUUCCAUGUUUCGUGCUGCUUGUUAUCCUGGCCGCUCCCUGUGCCAUCCAGCUUGGUGUCUACGUCAGCAGUUGCACGUCUUGCAACUCCAACCCAACACCGAUAAGAUUGAAGUGAAACAUUUACCUGUGCCAAGAUGUCAACACCGAUGAGAUUGAAGUGAAACAUUUAUCUGUGCCAAGAUGUCAAAGAGGCCGUCCUAUGCUCCUCCCCCUCCCCCUGCCCCUACAACACAAAUGCCCAACAAUUCAGGGUUUGUGGGGUACAAUCCCUACAGCCAUCUGGCCUACAACAACUACAGACUCGGAGGGAGCCAAAGCAGCAACAGUCGGGUAACGAAUUCCUCCGGAAUAAAUAUUCCAAAACCACCCAAGCCACCCGAUAAGCCAUUGAUGCCAUACAUGAGAUACAGUCGAAAGGUUUGGGAUCAAGUAAAAGCCUCCAAUCCUGAUCUGAAGCUAUGGGAAAUUGGGAAGAUAAUCGGUGGCAUGUGGAGGGACCUCACUGAUGAGGAGAAACAGGAUUAUUUGAAUGACUACGAAGCAGAGAAGAUCGAAUAUAACGAAAGCAUGAAGGCUUAUCACAACUCGCCAGCAUACCUGGCUUACAUCAAUGCAAAAAGCCGUGCUGAGGCGGCACUGGAAGAGGAGAGUCGCCAGAGGCAGUCCAGACUUGACAAAGGGGAGCCUUACAUGAGUAUUCAGCCAGCUGAGGAUCCAGAUGAUUAUGAUGAUGGAUUUUCAGUAAAGCACUCGGCAGCUGCCCGUUUCCAGCGCAACCACCGUCUGAUAAGUGAGAUUCUCAGUGAGAGCGUAGUCCCUGAUGUGCGGUCUGUUGUUACCACUGCUCGUAUGCAGGUCCUCAAACGCCAGGUUCAGUCUUUAAUGGUUCACCAGAGAAAGUUGGAAGCUGAGUUACUUCAGAUUGAAGACCGCCACCAGGAUAAGAAAAGAAAAUUCAUUGAAGCCACAGACUCGUUCACAAAUGAGCUCAAAAGACUAUGCUGUAUGAAAGUGGAAGUAGACAUGGAGAAGAUAUCUGCAGAUAUGUCUGCAGCAGAAGAGGCAGCCCGCAAACGGAUGGCUGAACGAGAGAAAGAUACAGGAGGAGUUAAAGAGGCACCCAGCUGUGUCUUAACAGAAGAAGAAAAACAUGCCUGUACAACUCAUGGCAAAUCCCAACAGAAUACACUGAGUGAAAGUACUACCAAGGAAGGCGAGGAUACCGAGGCUGCCAUCAAAGAUCCACGAGGUAAGCAGAAGGCGUCAGAGAAACUUGAGGCUCCGCCUGGCAGUGAAGAAGGAACAUCCGAGGACAAGGAGAGUGUCCUGGAGGGAGCCAUAGAGGAGGGAACCAGUGACAGCAACACAGGCUCUGAGACCACGUCUGCUCAGACAGAAGAUGCUCUGACAAGUGAACCAUCAGAAAGUAGCAGCAGGGCAAGAGCGUCCCACUAAGUCAGUCAGCCGCUGUUUGUUAUAUCAGAACUAAUUCGUCGUUCACCGUCAAUCAUCUCUUUUUGACAGAACAAGCCUGAAGAUGAAAUGGCAUAAAUAUUGAAAUGUUUGACUCUCAUCUCAAAAGUGUCUACAGUGGCACUUGUAUAUCCCAUCGCUAAAAGUGCCCGCUGAAGUCGACCAUGACAUACAUAAUCACCCGCUUUUAAAGACAGCAUUUCAGACUCAAAGAGAUCAUUUGUACGAUACAUAGGUCAGUUAGUGUUAGUGUUUUUACAAAAGCUGACUUUUUGGUUACGUCAGUGAAAACAAAAGAAGUGGGCGAGGCAAUGGGAAAAAAAAACAUCCUUCAGACUCUCUUCCAUCCUCCUUCCUGCAGCCCACAAAAUGCACUAGUUAAAAUUUGCACAAAUGAGGGAAAAACAUUUUAAAAAUGUUAUAUCACCCGUUGUUGUUAUGGUUUUGGACAAAAACAUGUAUAAGCCAGGGCGGUUGGCUGUAUUAUUGUGACAACCGCUUAUGUCGACGUAAGCCUUUGCUGUUGCAAUUUAUGCCGGGUGAUGAAUGGAAACAAAUGCAGCGUUUUAUGUUAGUGUUAUUGUAUGCUAAUUGUUUUUGCAUGUUGGACAAAAUGUUGAAUAAUUUGUCGUGGUUGUCAGGAAGUGCUUGAGAUAUUUUGUUUACUACCAGUAUUCGCAUCAGUGAUUUUCUUUUUGUCUCAGGAGUUUUUAGUACAAUACUGCUAUUUAUUAUCAAUGUUUUAUUGUUCUUUUGUAUUAGUUAUUCCUGCCAAGUUUAUCUUUUGUAUUAGUUAUUGCGGCCAAGCUUAGGUAUUAGAUGUGUAACAUGACCAUUGUUGCUGUACAAAGCUCAACAACAACCAGUGUUUUGAAAUGUUGCUUGCUGUCUAUCAAAUCCAGAGCAGUAUGUGUUGUGUUUAUAUAUGAUACAGUGAUUGUGCUGACACUGCAAUGCUGGAAUAAGAAUAUUUGAGAUCACAUACAGCAGCUGGAAGAACACUCCAGAACAUGAAUAUUCUAUUGCAUAUUUUUUAUUAAUAAACUUUUGUAUCUCGUAGAAGUUGUCGAUUUUAAGGUGAUCACCAUACUUGCCAACCUUGAGACCUCCGAAUUCGGGAGAUUGGGGUGGGGGGAUUAAGGUGGGCGGGGUCGGAGUUGGUGGUAGCAGGGGUGUAUAUUGUAGCGUCCCGGAAGAAUUAGUGCUGAAAGGGGAUCUGGUUAUUUGUUCUGUUGUGUUACAGUACGGAUCUUCUCCCGAAAUGUGUUUGUCAUUCUUGUUUGGUGUGGGUUCACAGUGUGGCACAUAUUUGUAACGGCGUUAAAGUUGUCUAUACGGCCACGCUCAGUGUGAUCUGUAUGGCUGUUGAUCAAGUAUGCGUGUCAUUCACUCAUGUGUGUGUAAAAGCCGCCUAUAUUAUGUGACUGGGUCGGCACACUGUUUGGUGAAAAAGCGUACGUGAUGAAAGAUUGUAGAGGACGUUAAAGGCAGUGCCUUUAAGGCAUGCCCCCAAUAUUGUUUUCCAGGUGGAAAUCGGUAGAAAUUCGGGAGAAUGGUAGCCCCGGGAGAUUUUCGGGAGGGUCACUGAAAUUCGGGAGUCUCCCGGGAAAAUCGAUAGGGUUGGCAAGUAUGGUGAUCACACCUUACAGGACAGAUCCACACUAAACCCAGAACAGAUUUGCCACAACACUACAUACUUUCAAUCAAUGGGAAUGUUUUACCGACAAACACAUGGUUGUGCCAUGGGAUCACCUGUAUCCCCAAUAGUAUCAAACCUUUGCAUGGAGGACAUGGAAAAGAGAUCUCUGAGUUCUCUUAAUGGAACAGCACUAAGACAUUGGUUCAGAUAUGUGGAUAACAUGCGUAAAAAUCAGAAACCAAGAAGUGCUAGCCUUCACCAAGCACCUUAACUCAGUGGACAAAAAAAAUCCAGUUGACACGUGAGGAUGUCAAAGACAGUAACUUGCCUGUUUUGGACUGUGAUGUUUACAUUGGGGCAAACAGGGGCCUCCAUGUCGGGGUUUACCAAAAACCCACACAUAACGAUCAAUGCCUACUUUUUAACUCACACCAUCCACUGGAACACCUACUGGGCGUUAUCAGAACCCUACAACACAGAGCUUAUAAUGUUCCUUCCAGCCCAAAGAGAAAGAGCAUAGUCAUUUGAGGGUUGAUUGGUUACCCCAAUUGGUCGGUUGUGGAAAAGUGCAUCCAAUUCCAGGAACAACAAAAACAGAGUUGAACAGGAGGAAAAAGGUGACAGACGCUAAAAUAUUGUCAUUCCAUAUGUAUCAGGUCUAUCUGAGAAACUCGGAAGAAUUUUUAACCAACACAACAUCCUAGUACAUUUCAAACAGAACAAUUUCCCUUGUGGAUCAAUAAAGUUUGUCCAAGUGUAAACCAGGCAACACCCAACUGGUGCAUCCUAAAGACCGGACAUCCCACACCCACAAAAACAAUCUGGUGGAGGCUAUCCAGUUUAAUGAUGAAUGCACCGAUUUAUAUUAUUGAGGAAACAAAACAACCACUAAGCAGAUGCAUGGUACAGCAUAGACGGGCAGACUCUUCAGGCCAAGACUCAGCUGUCUACCUGCACCUCAGAGGGAAACCACUCAUUUGAGAACAAAAAUGUACAGAUUCCUGACAGGGAGGAUGGAUGGUACGAAAGAGGAGUGAGGGAAGCCAUCGAUGUCAAGGUUGAAAAACCAUCCCUGAACAGAGGACGAGGUCUGCCACACCACCUGUCUCCCACAUACAAUACUGUCCUUUCAACCAUUCCUAAAAGACUCUGCAAUUUAACCUCCAACAAAUACACUAUAUUGCCAAAAGCAUUUGGCCGCCCACCCAAAUGAUCAGAAUCAGGUAUCCUAAUCACUUUGCCUGGCCACAGGUGUAUAAAAUCAAGCACUGAAGCACGGAGACUGUUUCUACAAACAUUUGUGAAAGAAUGGGCCGUUCUCAGGAGCUCAGAGAUUUCCAGCGUGGAACUGUUACAGGAUGCUUUCUGUGCAACAAAUCCAGUCAUGAAAUUUCCUCGCUCCUAAAUAUUCCAAAAUCAACUGUCGGCUUUAUUAUAAGAAAAUGGAAGAGUUUGGGAACAACAGCAACUCAGCCACAAAGUGGUAGGCUGAAGCUCAUAGUGCAAAGACUUUCUGCGCAGUCAGUUGCUACAGAGCUCCAAACUUCAUGUGACCUUCUAAUUAGCCCACGUACAGUACGCAGAGAGCUUUAUGGAAUGUGUUUCCAUGGCCGAGCAAACUGCAUCUAAGCCAUACAUCACCAAGUCCAAUGGGAAGCGUCGGAUGCAGUGGUCUUGAGCUUGUUGCCACUGGACUCUAGAACCGUGGAGAUGCGUUCUCUGGAGUGAUGAAUUGCGCUUUCCCAUCCAUCUGGCAAUCUGAUGGAUGAGUCUGGGUUUGGAGGUUGUCGAGAGAACGGUACAUUUAGGACUGCAGUGUGCAGAGAGUGAAAUUUGGUGGAGGAGGAAUUAUGGUAUGGGGUUGUUUUUCAGAAGUUGGGGUUGGCCCCUUAGUUCCAGUGAAAGGAACUUUGAAUGAACGGAGACUGAGAGCCAGGUCUUCUCAACCAACAUCAGUGUGUGACCUCACCAAUGUGCUUUUGGAAGAAUGGUGGAAAAUUCCUAUAAACACACUCCGCAACCUUGUGGACAGCGUUCCCAGAAGAGUUGAAGCUGUAAUGGCUACAAAAGGUGGACCGACAUCAUAUUGAAAACAGUUGUUUUUCUCAUAAAGUUGGGGUGAAGCCAUCCUUGCCCAGGCACACCCUCCUGGUUUUUUCAGAGUAUAAAUAUUUGGGGUUUUGGCACCAGCCGCUAGAUUAGAUCUGACCUAUCUAAGUCUAUGAGCAUGAACUGGUGAAGUUUACUUGGAUGAGAGGCAAAACGUCUGCUAAGACAAACCAAACCGUCAAGUUGCGAUUGUAAAAUAAAUUACUUUAUAAGCUAUUUUGUACUUUUGCAGCCCCAGACUAUUUUUAUUUCAUGGAAUAGCAGGCUAAGUUGCUCUUUUUAUAGAAAAGAUUGCCGAUGAGAUAGUUUAGUAAGUCUGAAUAGUUGGCCACCCAAAGACUAUAAAAAUGGUACUCAUUAACUCCCUGCUUGGCACUCAGCAUUAACGGUUGGAAUUAGGGGUUAAGUCACCAAAAUGAUUCCGGGGCGCGACCACCGCUGCAGCUCACUGCUCCCCUCACCUCCCAGGGGGGAGGGUGAUGGGUCAAAUGCAGAGGGUUAUCUCACCACACCUAGUGUGUGUGUGUGACAAUAAUUGGUGCUUUAACUUUGACCUUAACUUUAAUCAAAGGCUUGCAAAAAAGUAUUCUACUGCAUGAUAGGUUGAUAAUAAAAAAUAAUAAAUAAAAAAAUUAACUUUAACUAUUAGGUAUACUGUAAAAUUAACAAACGUUGCACGGAGUGAUGAAUGAAGAAUCCAUAUGAGUAUAACCGCUAUUGACAAUUAGGAGACAGAACGGCACUUCUACUUACGGUUUACCUGCGAUGAGCAAACACGUCCAAAAUAUGGUGCCAAAGCACAAACAAUAACCCAUCAUAUAAGUGUACUUGCACGUGUUUAAUGAAAACUAUUCACUUACCUGUAAUGGCUGUCAGUGAAGAAAAAUCCCUAAAUCAGCUGCUCAGUUUUAUAAACCGCAGUGUUCAAAGUGUAGAAAAAAGUAGCGUCUUACUGUCCGAAAUUUACUUAGUUUUAUUUUGUGAUUUUUGCCUUUAGUUUGUUAAUCUUAAAUCCAAUAAAUUAGCAAUAUAAAAUGUUCUAUCAACAAAUAUUAUUCUCUGAGAAAUUUAACAUAUUGAUACAACUAUAUAAGACUUCAACAAAUACUAUUGCAAUUGUAAAUGGUAAAUGGGUUAUUCUUGUAUAGCGCUUUUCUACCUUCAAGGUACUCAAAGCGCUUUGACACUAUUUCCACAUUCACCCAUACACACACACAUUCACACACUGAUGGCGGGAGCUGCCAUGAAAGGCGCUAACCACGAACUAUCAGGAGCAAGGGUGAAGUGUCUUGCUCAAGGACACAACAGACGUGACGAGGUUGGUAGAAGGUGGGGAUUGAACCAGGAACCCCUUGGGUUGCUGGCACACCCACUCUCCCAACUGCGCUACGCAGUCAAUAUCGCAAAAUACUGAAAAGCAAAAACAUCUACUGUUAUUCACAGCAUGACAAUACAAGUGCAAAUCAAAAACACUAAGCGGAUAUUAAAUAUUAACGUAUUUGCAAACAUUACACAGAUGCCCCGAGGACAGUAACCCUAUAAAGUGUUGCCAGCAAUUUAUUUGCCCUCCUCCAACUUUGAGCAUGUAAACUUCUCCCGAAGUAACACAAACAAUUUGUUUGUCGUCCGCCAUUGAUUUGCCUAAUAGGAUUGGUUCUUACCAUUUUUAUUUUUAUUUUUUUUUUUUCCAAGACGGCGCUGCUGUAGUGGCUGCUGUAGGCAGGAGCUCUGUGCUCUUGUGUCAUCCUUUUGUGUUUCCCUCUUGUUUUCAUGUGGUAUUAUAUUUUUUUGCAUUUUGGUCCGGGACCCUUUGGGACUGUGUGACAAGGGGUGGCACUUUCGUGACCUCUGUGGUGCUUUUUUUGUGGACCUCUGGAUCUGCCUCCCGGGAGCCUUUUGGCCAUGGAGACCAGAUGCAGGGUCUCUGCUACACCAGUGUCUGUUUGGAUGUACUGGAGGAGAUGCGGAUGAGGGGACAGGACUGUGGAGCUAGCACUGAGCUACUGGGACGGAGAGGCUUCGCGGUGUCUUGACUGGGUGGGCAGGUGUCGGACACCUCAGUCACCUUGGACGUAUCCUCGCUCAUCCAUGCGGACUGGACACUGGCCGAGAGUGGAGUCGGCUGUCUUGGUUGCCUUGUUGGGUUUGCUUCUGUCUCUGGCCAUGCUCCCUCCACCCCAGCAGACGAUGGCGUGGAACACCGCAGAGGCCACCACAGUGGAUAUGUUUAUUUUACUUUUUAUUCAUAGCUGUAUGUAGAAGUGUCUGGUUGUAUCUGCUGCUUUAAUAUCUUUAAUGUCCUCUGUGUUCUUUGAUUUUUGAUGUUUCCCUCUUACACACAUGGAAGAGGGAUGUGUACUAUGGCUAUGAGUUGUUGUUGUUUUUUUUUUGUUUGUUUGUUUUUUUUUCCCCUUGGACUCAGUCUGCACCCCCACUCCAGGGCCUAGGUUAAGACCGAUUUUUUAAUUUUAUUUUAAUCUUCAAUUUUUUUCUUCCCCCACCCCCCCUUGUUUACCUGUAUGUCAUCUUUUUUGUAAGGGGCGCUGGAAGGCGGCAGACCCGUCAGCGAUCCUGUUCUGUCUACCUGUAAUGUUUGUAAUGUUUGUCUGAUCUUGAAUGGGAUUGUGCUGAAAAUUGUAAUUUUCCUGAAGGAACUCUCCUGACGGAAUAAAUAAAGUACUAUCUAUCUA